UGUUAGGUUCAAUGUCUUUGUGUCGCUCUUCACAAAUAAGAAUCGACCGUCUACAAUGUCGAAAGUAACUUUUAAAAUCACGCUUACAUCGGACCCAAAAUUGCCAUUUAAAGUUCUAAGUGUUCCAGAAGCGACGCCUUUUACCGCAGUUUUAAGAUUUGCUGCCGAAGAAUUCAAAGUUCCACCAGAUACUAGUGCAAUUAUAACAAACGAUGGUAUUGGAAUAAACCCUUCUCAAAGUGCAGGAAAUAUAUUCUUAAAACAUGGCUCAGAACUCAGACUAAUACCAAGGGACAGAGUUGGAUGUUGUAAAUGACUAUUUAUUGUAUAAAUAAUGAAUAAAUUUACCCAAAUGAUACUUGCA